AUGGAACCUCGUCUGAAACUAAGCAAGGAAAGCACAAGUCCACCUGUAGACACAACUCUGUACCGAAGUAUUGUUGGCAGUUUAAGAUACCUACUGCACACGCGCCCAGAUUUGGCAUUCUCUGUCGGCAUGGUGAGUAGAUACAUGGAGAAGCCCACAACGGAGCACAUGGCCGCAGUGAAGCACAUACUGCGGUACGUGAAAGGAACUCUAAACCUCGGUUGCGUUUAUGAGAAAAAGGAAGGAAGCUUGGAGUUGAUCGGUUACUCCGAUAGUGAUCUAGCUGGUGAUACUGAUGAUAGGAAAAGUACCUCAAGUUUAAUAUUUUUCCUUGGAUCAAAUCCUAUUAGUUGGUGUUCACAAAAACAGAAAGUGGUUGCGUUAUCUUCCUGUGAAGCGGAGUACAUUGCUGCCUGUGCAGCAUCGUGUCAAGGAGUGUGGCUGGGACGACUGUUGGCAGAUUUGUUAAAGACCGAGGUUAAGAAAGUGGUUCUAAAGAUCGAUAAUCAGUCCGCAAUUACAUUGAGCAAGAAUUCAGUUCACCAUGAGAGGAGCAAACACAUCGAUACCCGAUUCCACUACAUUAGAGAUUGUGUUGAAUCAGGAAUGAUUGAAAUUCAACAUGUUUGCACAGAAGAUCAGCAUGCUGAUAUUCUGACAAAGUCGCUAGCAAGGAUGAAGUUCUUGGAGAUGAGAGAAAGGAUUGGUGUGAGGAUCAUCAGUAGAGAACAACAAGCUUAA